CUAAUUAAUCAAACUCCUAAGAACAAACGAUAAUCACAUUUUGCUUUCUUGCUUAAUCUAAUCAUCUUCUUUUUAUCCUCUUUUCUUUUUCCUUUCUCCUUCCACCAAACUCCUCUCUUUCUUCUUCCUCCUCCUCCUCUCCUUUCUCCAUUUUUUUCUGGGAAAAUCUCUCCCUCUCUUUCUGUUUCUUACAUAGAUCCAAACUCUUAAACAACAGUUUAAUUUCCGCAAAUUUCGUUUAAUAAAGAUUCAAUUUUUAAUUUUUUCUUCCCUACUCCAUCAGCUUUAAUUCCAAUCCUGUUCUUAAACGACUAUUUUUCCUUUUAUUUUGCUUCAUAUUUGUAUCAUCGCUGUGCCAAUUUUUGGGCAAUGCUGUUUGAUUAUCGAAAUUUCUGUAAUUCCAAUAACCUCCCCGUUGAAUUCGAGUUUUAGGGUUUUGUUUUUCAAUUUGUUUUCAAUUCCGUAAUUUCAGCCCCUUUUUCAACUGUUUAUUAUAGUUGGAUCUGAUAAAAAGGCGAUUUUUGUUUUAUAGGAAAUUUUCUGGGUUUCUUCAAAUUUGUCAAAAAAAUUGAUUUUUUUUAAUAAGCUGUUGAUUUUGAAAUUAUUUGGUGCAAUCUGUUGAUCUAAGGGGGCUUUUUUUCCUCUUAUUUACUUGUACAAAUAGUGGCAAAUUUUUUAGAAAUUUCUCAGUUUCCUCUAAAUUUUAGUUGGGGGCAAAAAUUGUCUGUUUUUUUGGGGGGAUUUUAGAAGUUUUAAUUUGGAUUAGCUUAGCUGUUUAAGAGUGCUUUACCAUGGAUCAUGUAAUUGGUGGGAAGUUUAAGCUCGGCCGUAAGAUUGGAAGUGGUUCAUUUGGGGAACUGUACUUAGGUAUCAAUGUACAAACCAGCGAGGAAGUCGCCGUUAAGAUGGAAUCUGCAAAGACAAAACACCCUCAACUGCAUUAUGAGUCAAAGUUAUACAUGCUUCUUCAGGGAGGCACUGGUGUUCCCCAUCUCAAAUGGUAUGGAGUAGAAGGUGAAUACAAUGUUAUGGUUAUUGAUCUUCUUGGGCCGAGUUUGGAGGACUUAUUCAAUUAUUGCACUCGCAAGUUUUCACUGAAAACGGUUCUAAUGCUUGCUGAUCAAAUGAUUAAUAGGGUUGAGUACAUGCACUCAAGAGGGUUUCUUCACCGCGAUAUAAAACCCGACAACUUCUUAAUGGGUCUUGGACGGAAGGCGAAUCAGGUGUAUGUCAUCGAUUUUGGCCUUGCAAAAAAGUAUCGAGAUCUUCAAACACACAAACACAUACCUUAUAGAGAAAACAAAAAUCUCACAGGGACUGCUCGAUACGCUAGUGUCAAUACACAUCUUGGUGUUGAGCAAAGCAGAAGAGACGAUCUAGAGUCCCUUGGCUACGUGCUUAUGUAUUUUUUGAGAGGAAGCCUUCCAUGGCAGGGCUUGAAAGCUGGAACUAAAAAGCAGAAGUAUGACAAAAUAAGUGAAAAGAAAAUGCUCACGCCAAUAGAGGUUUUGUGCAAAAAUUAUCCCUCAGAGUUCACAUCGUACUUCCACUAUUGCCGGUCAUUGCGAUUUGAUGACAAGCCUGAUUACUCAUACCUAAAGAGACUAUUUAGGGAUCUUUUCAUUCGAGAAGGUUACCAAUUUGACUAUGUAUUUGACUGGACAAUAUUGAAGUAUCCACAAAUUGGUUCCAGCUCCAGACCAAGGCCUACUGCGAAACCAGCUUUAAACCCUGGGCCUUCUGCUGAAAGAGCUGAGAGGACUUCAGGACAAGAUAUUCGGGAUAGAUUUUCUGGUGCAGUCGAGGGAUUUGCUAGAAGAAAUAAUCCAGGUACAGGUUCACAAGGUGAUCAGUCACGUCAUAGAUCAGCAGAUGAUCCAUCAUCUAAGGAUGUGCAAGCGGAUCGUGAUAGAGGUCGUAUAUCAAGGAACGGGAGUACUUCAAAGAGAGCAAUUGCAUCUUCAAGUAGGCCAAGCUCUUCUGGCGAGCCUAGUGACAGUCGAUCAAGUCGGCUGAUGUCAACAAGUGGUCGUCUGUCUACAACUCAAAGGGUUCAACCCGGUUUUGAGUCAAAAACAUCUACUCUUGCUCGUGUUUCCGCAGCAAGACCCGGACGAGACGAUGCCCUAAGGAGCUUCGACUUUCUAUCUAUUGGUGCAGGUAGGAGAAAGUAAGAACAAGGGGACAUGCUCAAUACUGGUUUUUCGCGGUUACAAAAAGGGAGAGAUUAAUCAAUGAUCUCAAGCCUACUUUUUAAAAGGUUUCUUAUAUCACCUUGGGUUGUUCUCUGUGAAAAUGUAAAUGAUCAGCUCCUUCAUACCUGACACUUGAAUAGCUUAAUGGGGUUAAAUUCCAUUUCCUUGCAAUGAUAAUGAUAAGUGUUCUCCUAGAUUAUUUCGCCGUUAAAUGGUGCUAUAAACCUUUUGCCCACCGGCCCCGGGAGAGAAGAAAAAAGGAGAUGACACUAGGAAAUAUGUUGAGACUUGGACAGUGAUGUUUGCAAUGAAUAAUUUUCGUGUAUGAUAAUACUUCAUGAUAAGAUACAUUGACAUAUGGAUGUGAAUUUCGUGCUGAUACGUAUUUAAUGGUAUCGUUAAAUGUCAGUAUAUUUUUCUUUCUUGUUGCA